CAGCACGUCAACGUCAAUCUGUCGAUUUGAAUUUCAUUAUUUUCAUUUCCAUUGGAUUUCUUGAAUUCUUGGGUUUUAUUUGUAAAACAUUGAAUUGAUCUAUAAAAAAUAGUAAAUUAUAAAUACAUACAUUUUAGUGAAUCGUUUUUGUGUAAUAUUGUUUGAAUAGUUAAAUAACAAAAAUGAAGUAAUUUGUUACUAAUGUUAACGUGCUAAGUAAAUAUUGUGUUUUGUGUGUGUACAAAUAGUCACUAUGUAUAACAAAUUAUUUAUUAAUAUUAUUAUAAUUUUAACUCUUAAGUGUAGCAUAUGCUUAUCAAUAAGAGAAUAUACUAAAGAUGAUAUUUUAAAACUAAGAGAAGAAGUAAGAGAAAUGUUUCAACAUGCAUAUGACAGCUAUUUAAAGUAUGCCUACCCUUAUGAUGAAUUGCGUCCGCUUAGCUGCGAUGGAAUGGACACAUGGGGAAGUUAUUCCCUAACCCUAAUUGAUACAUUAGACAUGCUAGUGAUCAUGGGAAACUAUACAGAAUUCAAUAGAGUGGUUGAUAUAGUACUGGAGAAACAGAACUUUGACACAGACAUCAAUGUAUCAGUAUUUGAAACAAAUAUUAGGAUUAUUGGUGGAUUGCUCAGUGCCCAUCUUUUGUCGUACAAAUCAGGAAUGAAGCUAGAACCUGGCUGGCCCUGCAACGGGCCCCUCUUACGGCUUGCUGAGGAUGUAGCUCAGAGGCUCAUCGCAGCUUUUGACACAACAACCGGCAUGCCAUACGGGACUAUUAACUUGAGGUCUGGAGUUCCACCAGGCGAGACCACUAUAACAUGCACAGCUGGUGUUGGCACAUACAUCAUUGAGUUUGGUACUUUGAGUAGGCUUACUGGAGAUCCUUUGUAUGAAGAGGUAGCAUACAAUGCACUGAAAGCUCUGUACCACCACAAAUCACCAAUAGGUCUAGUUGGUAAUCAUAUAGACGUGAUGACUGGUCGGUGGACAGCACAGGAUGCUGGCAUAGGAGGCGGAGUCGACUCAUACUUCGAAUAUUUAGUUAAAGGUGCAAUACUGCUAGAGCGGCCAGAACUGAUGUCAAUGUUCAACGAAGCUCGCCAAGUCAUAGACAAGUAUUUGAAGAAGGACGAUUGGUAUGUCUGGGCCACCAUGCUGAAAGGCCACGUCACUUUGCCGGUGUUCCAAUCGCUAGAGUCUUACUGGCCUGGUGUGCUGAGCUUGAUAGGCGAAAGUGCCACAGCAAUGCGUAUAAUACACAACUACCACAGUGUAUGGAAGCAGUAUGGUUUCACACCAGAGGUGUAUAACCUUGGCACCGGAGAAGCAUCGCCCUCGAGGGAAAGUUACCCGCUGAGGCCGGAGCUUAUAGAGUCAAUCAUGUACUUGUACCGGGACACUCGAGACCCCAUACUGUUGCAAAUGGGUGAGGACAUAUUGAGGAGCAUACAGCACAGCGCUAGGACGCCUUGUGGAUUUGCCACGAUAAAAGAUGUCCGCGAUCAUCGCAAAGAAGACAGAAUGGAGUCCUUCUUUUUGGCCGAAACUACUAAAUACCUCUAUCUUUUGUUCGAUCCCGACAACUUCAUCCACAACCCGGGAGUGCACGGCACGGUGAUUAACACUCCCAACGGGGAAUGUAUCGUGGAUAUGGGCGGGUACAUGUUCAACACAGAGGCGCAUCCUAUAGACCCCACGAUGCUGUAUUGCUGCCACGAAUCCAGACAAGGCAUAAACGUUAGCGAGGUGCAUAGAAUAUACAAAAUAUUAGAUGACGAAGACAACAUCCACUUUAUGAGCCUCAUAGAUGCCAUAGAACCAGAGCAAAACACUACCAGUUAUUACAAAGACUCAGUUUAUUAUGACGAUCCUAUGAAUUCCGCUAAAAUUAUGGACUUAAGUCAAUUUGACCACAGCAACGCACAGGUGGUUAACGACAUUAAAACAGAAUCGACGACCGGUUAUGUCAAUAUAGAUGGCAGUGAGAGAGAAAAACCGGAAAACGAAAGUUUGGGUGACAAAUUAAAAGAAAGUAUAACCAAUUAUUACAACAAUACAAAUGUGAACGAAAGUGACAAAGAAACUGUCCCGGAAGUCUCUGAAAUAGUUAAUGAAAAAGUCGAAGUCGAUGACAUAAUUGUACCGCAGAAGGUUGAAACUGAGAAAUUACAACCGCCGAGUAGCACUAAAACGAAGGCAGCGGUGAAAAUGUUGCCACAGGUUAUACAAGACUUCUUGAACAGCGACUGGAAGUCGAAACCGAAAUGUGAGCCUCAACAUAUGAUUGAAAGAAUUCGCAAAGAGAAGAGGUACCCGAAACACCCCGACACUCGCAAAUACAAUUUCUUGCUGACCCCGGCGCCAACGUUCAUGCAAAGAUUAGCGAUCGCCGGGGAGAUCCUAAAUAAGAAACAGUUGGAUUUAUGAUCUUUAAUUCUCUAUGUUGUUUUCGUGUUUGAAAAUCUUAGGUUGAUCAUGAACUUUUUUCUGUUGCUUCAAUUUGUAAUUUAUUUUUCAAUCGUUUGUUGAACUUUGAAAUAAAUCUAUUUUUAUUUUGUUUUCAAAAAAAAACAUUUUUUUAUUUUGGUAAAUCCUGACUUAAAAAAUGUGUAAGAUUAAUGAAAUUAUUUAGCGAAAUCGUAAUGAAUAAAAAUUAUUAAUAAUU